CAAAUAAAAAGAAUAGCAGUAGUAAUUAAAGUCUAGUAUAGUAGCUCAAUCGAUCAUGGCGGGGGCCGGGAAGAUGAUAUUGUCGCCGCUUCCAGGCGGAGGGUACGUUCAGCUGCGGGAGGGCUAUUCCAAUUUGGACCUCCUCGCCGCCGUCUGUGAGGCUGCUUGGGAGCAGAUGCAAAAAAACCCUAACACUAAUUCAUCGUUUUCUUCUUCUUCCUCCUCUCCUAAAUCAGUAUUAAUCCCGAGGAGGAAGAGGAGUCGUCCAAGUAGAAGUAGAAGUGGGGUUAUUAUGGCAGCCUCCGCCUUGAAAUGUGUGGUCCCCGGCUUCAAAACAUCGUCAAUCGGUGGAGGACCCGGCAAUCAGAAGAAACGGGCGGCCAAGAAAAUCAAGAAGCGGGUCGUCGCCGACGAGAACCAGCAGCCGGCGGCGGGUGAGCCAGGGCCCAUGCCGGGGAGAUUCAGGGACGGGAUCCGUCAAAUUGCGGGGCCAGGCGCGGAAAUAACGGAGGAGAUGCUGCUGAUCGAAAAGGAGAUAACGGCGACCGAUUUGAAGCCCGACCAAAACCGGCUGUCCUUCCCUUUGAAACAAAUGAGAAGGACGGAUUUCUUGACGGCGGGAGAGGAGGAGCGGCUGGCCACGCGCCAGAACAAUAACAACAAUGUGGGCUCACUCGACGUGGCGCUGAUCGCGGUUGUCAAUGGUGAAAUCGUAAAGCGUGAAGUUGAUUUUCGGAGAUGGGAGAUGCAGAAGAAGAGCGGGAAAUCCAGCGUGUCAUUAGUGGUGACCGGCACGUGGAAUAAAAUCAAGGGCACCCUUGGACUGGCCAAAGGUACAAAGGUCCAAAUAUGGUCCGUCCGAGUUGACGCCAAACUAUGGUUAUCACUUGUUGUCUUGUAGAUCCAUCCAUGCGUACUUCUCCGGGUUUGGCCAGACCCGGCACGGCCGGUGCCCUAAGACCGUCACUGUCUCCCCUUAACACGGUCUCUAUCUGCGGCAUUGCCUUAUUGCGGGCCUUUGGGCAUGACAGAAAUGCUGUAACAUUUAUGUAAUUAUUUUACGUUCAAUAAAAUUUUUGAUUGAUUUUUUUGUUAA